AUGGACAAUGCAAAGAUAAAUGAUACUCCCAUUGUCACUGCAACCAGGUUGGAUAUGGAUGAACUUGGUAUCCGCAUUGAUGAGAAGAAAUUCAGAGGUAGGAUUGGGUCCUUGCUCUACUUGACUGUAAGUAGGCCCGAUAUUGUGUACAACAUGGGGUUGUGCGCAAGUUUUCGGUCAAUCCCAGGAGAUCUGCACUUCAAGGCUACAAAAAGAAUCUUGAGAAAUCUUAAGGGUACUCUAGACCUAGUUCUUUGGUAUCCAACUGGAGACUCCUUCAAAUUGAUUGGAUAUGCAGAUGCUGACUACGCUGGUUACUUGGUGGACAUGAAAAGCACAUCAGGGAUGGCUCAUUUUCUUGGUUUAUGCUUAAUCUCAUGGGCAUCUAAGAAAUAA